AUGACUGAGAAGCAGUUGGAACUGGUGUCGUCAUCGACAGCACCACCUGCCGAAGCCACCACCACCACCACCACCAGGAGCCCCGUCACCACGGUAGUCGUUGCGAUGAACGUGCAGGACGACGACGGCGGAGGUGGUGCUGGGGAGCGGCGGGACAGCGUCAUCCCGUUCGCCACACUGGACGCCGUGCGUCUCGAGACGCAGAGCCUCCCCCCAGUCCUGGUUGGUGUGCCGGCGGGUGGCUCGAAUCUCUUUGUCCUGCCGACCUCCCUGGGGUACGCGGCUGACGGUGCCGAUGUUGAGCACUGUGCCGCCGGGACCCUGCAAGUCGAUGUGCGGGGCACUGCGCCUGAAUUCUACCGCGUCGACGAUGACAGCUACCGUCCAUUCACAAUUUACGGUGGCAACGGUGGUGAUGGAGCGAACAAGCCUGCGAAUCAUCCACUAUCGACGAGCGGUUCGUUAAGCUCGAUCGUCACGACGUCGAUCGCAUCGUCGGAGACGGACCACCGGGGUGGCAUCAGUAGUACCGGUACCGGCAGCCUGGCUGGUCUGGAUGCCGGCGAGGGUGAUGACACGAUGGCCGUGGCAAAGCGAGCGCAGGCCAGGGGCUUGGCGCAGCUGGACAAUGCUGGUGGCGAUGGAGAUGGUGACGCGACCGGAAGAGAUGCAGGCGGCGGUGGUGGCGAUCCCAGCCUCCCGAGCGGCGGAACCGUCGACGAGCAGCGGGGCCUGCGCCAGGAGAAAUGGUGGCAAACGACAAUCCAGAUCGCCAUCCCGUUUUUCAUUGCCGGUAUUGGCACGAUCGGGGCCGGCAUCAUUCUGGGUCGUGUUGAGGGGUGCAGUUCUAUUGGGGGAAGUUUUGCUUUCAUCACCUUCCUGACUUCGCACUGGAAGGUGUUCGUGCACGUUACAGAGCUGUUUAUUUUGGUCCCGGCCCUGCUCGGACUAAAGGGAAACCUCGACAUGUGCCUGGCUUCACGUCUCUCAACUCAGGCCAACCUCGGCAAUAUGAACAGCCCGCGUGAAAUCGUCCACAUGGUCCUUGGCAACAUAGCGUUGGUGCAGGUGCAAGCGAUUGUGGCGGCGUUCAUAGUGUCUAUCUUUGCGACCACCGUUGGUUCGAUCAUGAGCGGCGAGUUUGUCUUCGAGCAUGCUAUGCUGCUGACGGCGUCGAGCAUGUUUACGGCGACCACUUCGUGCUUUGUUCUCGACUUCGUGCUCGUGGCUGUGAUUUUACUGUCCAAUAGGUAUAAAAUGAACCCGGACAAUCUAGCGACACCGUUAGCGGCUUCCAUCGGAGAUGUGGUUUCGAUAACGCUGCUGUCCUUCAUCGCGUCGUUGCUGUACGAUAAUAUAGUAACACACCUUUGGGUUACGUUCGUGGUGGUGUCCUGUUACUUUAUGCUGCUCCCGUUCUGGGUGCUCAUAGUGCUUCGAAACAAGUACACGCGCUCCGUACUAACAUCUGGCUGGGUUCCCGUUCUGUCCGCCCUCUUUAUUAGCGGUAUGGGAGGUUUGGUCCUGGACACGGCGGUUGGCAUUUUCAACGGAUUCGUAGUGUUUCAACCUAUCAUCAAUGGCAUCGGCGGCAAUCUUGUCUCGGUGCAGGCCAGCAAAAUUUCAACCAUGCUACAUCAGAGCUCGAUCCUCGGUAUCAUUCCGCCGCACAUCAACAUUGUCGAGCUCCCGUGGAAGGCUCUGUUCAAGGGAGUGCCGUAUGCUAAGACGUCGCGAAUUCUGAUCCUCAUGUCAAUUCCUGGCCAGGUGCUGUUCAUCUUCGCGGCUGACUACAUUCACAUGCAGCGCUCGACAAUCGGGGCACCGUUUGUGUUGUCCUAUCUGUUCGUUAGCACACUGCAGAUUAUGAUCCUUCUAUACAUUGCACACGUGAUAAUCCAUCUGAUGUGGAAGUGGAAGAUGGAUCCAGACAACUCGGCCAUCCCGUACCUGACGGCGCUGGGGGAUCUGUUGGGUUCAAGCUUCCUGAUGGUCGCUUUCCUGUUUCUGCGCGCCAUCGGCUCUCCGUACGGCGAGGAACCGGACGACGGGCUCGAUCAGAGUUACAGUCUAUUGCACACGGAACUGACAACGAGCAGCGGUGGCGGAAGUGCGCUCAACGAUCUGAUUCACGAUGCAUCCAGCAUUUGAGUCCUAUGUGCGAUCUUAGAGGCUCCUUUUCCGGGAGGACGAGGUUCGCUUGUUACUCGGAUCUGGUUGCUGCGUUGUGAUACUCCUGAUACCUACGAGUACCCAGUGCUAAGAAAGAAAGAUGAAAGAAGAACGCAAAAAAAGAUAAUAGGGCAGAGAUGCAGAGAAUGAGCAAAAGAAUAACAGGACUGAAGCCGUACCGUACCAAAAGCAAAAACAUAACGUGCAGGGUCCCUAUACAUUAUUCUGCAGAACAACCAAAGCGUUUGUUUCUGUAAAGUACUCACUAUUUCCGCUAAUUCACGAUAAUUUGUGUUUCUUUUCCAUUUUCCAUUUUCCGUUUUCGUAUACUUUACUUACGUUUUACUUUUUCCAUGUCCGUAUACUAAAAAGAACGUCAACAUCCAAACAGACCCAUCCGAUUGUAAUCGUUGGGUGCCAUGUGGCUUUCGUGAUGUUUUGUGAAGGUUAGAUUGGAAAAAGCCCUCCUGCCUCUCUGUUAAAGUAUAUAAGCCGGACCUCCAGGCGAACGAAACGCUGGUGAAAUGUGAGGGGAAUUUCAUUGAGAAGAGGUCAUCAUCAUUAUCAGUUUAAUGAUCAUUAUUAUCACUAGUACCCAAAUAAUUUUUCAUCGUCUUCAUUAGCAUCUAAUUGCGUCUUUGAGCCCCGUCGCUAUCGCUGAAAUGCGAGCAAAAUGGCCUCAAACAAUCAACCAUCAUACUCGCCCUCUUGUAGCGACUACACUCUGCAAGAGUUGAAAGUGGUUGUAAUACCUUGGUCUAAUUCUAAAACAAUAGAAUAACGCGAGAGUGGAACGAACAGAGGUAGAGAUGAGAGAACGUGAGAGAAAGAGGAGUAUGUGAACCAUUUGUAUGGCUUCAACGCGCGAUUCACGAUUCAGAUGAGCGAUUAUUGAGCUUCCCUGGCUUAAACCUUUUCCGACACAGUACAUGAGGAUCAUUAGUUCGAAAUCUUUUAUGCCCUUCAAUCCUUUUCGCAUGCUCCCGUUCGCUAUAGAUAAACGCAUAUCAUCAGAUAGAAGAACUAAUGAAUAGAAUAUGAACGGAAGUAUAGGAAUUUGGUUUCGUAAAGCCAUUUGGAAAAGAUACGAGAAGUUAUCAUUGCGUUUUCAUUUCAUCCUAGAUUAAGGAUAGUCUUUAAUAUGAUUAGACACUAUACUACUUUGUCGGUUUAAGUAUUUAACACAUUAUAAUAUGCAAAACUCAUGAAUUAGACAAAACCAGUGGAGAAACGUGCAACGCGGCUGCCUCCUGCCCCGGUGAGGGACAGUGAGAGUAAAGUAAUAGCCAAGUAAUACCUAUGAAUAUGAGUAAAAAGAAAAACUUAUAAUAUCUACUUAGGUGAUGAAGAGUAGCUUGUUUUGAUUUCGUACCAUGUAAAGUGGAAGUGGCUUUAAGAAUGACGUAUGACGCAGUAGGGUGCGAUGUGAUAGAGAUGGAGAGUUGAUGGACCAGAAAGCCACGCUGAAACUGAAUGUGAUUUGAGAAUAGAAGGAACAAGACUCGACAAAGUUGGGUCACUCAAGAGGUUUCCCACGCAACAGCGGCUAGUGGUUGUGUUUCUAACGACCGAUCUGCCCAAUGUACAAUAAAAAAAACUUAAGUCAAGUUUUGGUGGAGCACAAAGACCUACUCUUGUAAUUUGCGCACGCGGAGGCAACCAUGCAAAAGCUAUCGAAGCACAAGCACUUCCUUGGACAGAUGGGUACCGGUGGACAUGUUGAAUACGCGGAGUAUUCAUGAUUCGCUUCCAUUUCUUACCUUACCAUUUUCUGUUUCUUUACCGUUUAUUUUAUGCUCUCCUGCUACAAAGUUUCAUUCGCAGGAUAUAUGAACGGUUCCAUUGCGGAUUGUGUUUCCUUUUAAACAGCGGUCAUACACACCUUUCAACGCACAUGUUAGUUCUUUCAUUUCCAUGUACUAUACUCAUUAUUUUGACUUUCGAGUGUUCUCCGUUUUUUGGCCAUAACGCACGAAUUUGGCAUGAUUAGCAGUUGAACACAUAACACGUUUCUUUGCAGCUUUGCAACAACGUUAAAGUAAAAUUACUUAUAACUUAGAAGAGAAAAGUAUCGUCAGCUGUAAGAAUUGAAAGGUGUGCGCAAUGACGGACUAGCGCACGCGCAAACAGUGAAAAGUGAGCCAAUUGGUUGCAUCUAAUAAUAUGUGUAUAAAAGAAGUGCCUAAGAAGCGAUAGGAGAAUAAAGAGUAAUAGAAGCAGAGGCAGUGUGUGCGUGUGUGUGUGUGUGAAAGAGAGAGAGAGAGAGACGGGAUCAAGGUGUUGCUCAACAGGGAGUGGAAGCGAACUAGCAUGAAAUUUAAAGGAAGAUUGGGUCUGCCCCCGAACUAUUCUUUUCGUGAACUGAAGUCAAAACACGGAUUAUGGGUUCGUCAAGAUUUUAAUUGAGUUGUCGGCUGUUUCACCCACCAAGUCGGCAGGCUGUCGGUGCUGAAAAAGAGCCAAACAACCCAAACACAGAUUGCUGAGACUCAAAAAGGAAUGUGAUGAGUUAGUUUCCAACUUGUUUAUUACAAAGGCUCAAGCUAUGCGAUGAAUGCGAAAAAGGGGACUAGGGAAAUCAGUCAGUGGGUUAGGAGGAAGAAUAAGUGGGUUCAGUUUUGUGACAAUAACGCUGAUACACACACACACAUACAAAUUCUAUUGUUAACUUCUGUGCACUGUUGGAGUAUUGUGUAUGUGUAAUAGGAAUGAGGCGUACCACACGGGAAAAACCAAAAUCUCGCACUCAAUGCAAUAUGAAAAACUCAAAUGAUAAGCCUAGGCACGGAAAAGAGAGAAGUGCGACACUAAAUAAAAACAUACAAAUUAUGAAUAUCCUUAUCGUUGAAGUUUAGCCACUAUUUUCAUAACAAACCAGUAGAAUGUGUGCGUGACAAUUUUUGCACAACUGUGUGGGAUGUUGCGAAUGCGUUACGGACAUGCCGCCAACAGUGCGAUUUGCGACUGUACGAAGAAUGCCAAAUAUAUACGCCAUUAGAGACGUGACGUGCGAGACGAAAAACCAAAGACGGGAUCCACUAACGGUGGAUCGUCGUUGCCUAUACGAUAGUUAAUCAAAAUUAACAACAUUUAGAUUGUGAUAACGAAGUAAUCAUGAGCGGAAAAGGAAAGGCCAGAAGAGAGAGAAAUUGAGAAGCUAGGUCUGUGUGUUCAAUGACCGUUAGGCCACACUACUAGUCAGAUGGUUGAAUGAGGGAAAAACUGAAAACACCAGUGUGUUAACGCUCUAACACCGUGAUAAACUGCUGCCAUGUAUGGAAUGUGUGCCCUCCAGCCUCGUUAAAAAAGUAAUUAAUGGCAUCAUUAAAGUGCAAUUUUAAAGGGCCGUUGGUCGGACACAUUUUAUUUUGGAGCCGAUUGACCUGUGUUUUAUCGUUCAAAUUUGGAUUGGAAGCACGUGUUUGGAAGCACACCGGUCUAAACGAAAAGCGCGCCGACGACGAAAAGCCAACGCCGGCUCUACAUCCGCAUAAUGACAACGCGCGUACGGAGCAACGGUUGCGCUGUAUAUAUUACAUAUGUCGUUUGUUAUUUUAUUCUUAACGAGGCGUUUAUUUUUAACGAGGCUGGUGUUUCGGGGUCGGCUAUCAAUUCAACUAUCUAUAGAGCAGUUGCUGUGCCACUGUCUUUAGAGAAGCUGACAAGGAGAGCAACUAAAACAUAAAUGGACUCACAUCUUAGUUUCAACCACCUAUCGAUAGGCGAAAAAAUAUAGGAAGACAAUGGCGACUGAAAGUGAAUAAAGCGGUUAAGGCGGAAGGUAAAUUGAGACAAUGCUCAAAGAAUUAAAUAGAUGGGCGUGUACUUACGAAUGUGUAAUGUGGUGCAGAACAUGAACAGAGUAUAUUUUUCCAAAAAACCCAUUCGGUGGCGUAAAGUGUUGAUGUCAGCGCAAGAGAGUAUCGGUCUUCUUCGCAAGGGUGGGAGUUUCUGCAAACGAAUGACAUAGAGGACAAAUAAAAAAUAUUAUAAAAAGAUAUGUAUAGAAAACCAACAAUGUAAUAAUGAACAUUAACGCAAAGUUACUAAACAUCUUUUGUGGUAGCCACACAAGCAAUAGAAACACGCUCACAAAUCCACGAAAGGGAUUAUUCUAAAUGCAUGUGUUUAAGGCAUAUUAUUUUCUCCACUCUGCGAUUCCUCUACCACAAACCUUUCCAGUCAUUUGGGCUUGAUUUUAGAGUGAGCGUGAGCGAUGCAAUGCUGUAAGCCCUUCUACCACCAGAUGGAAAUGGUCACAAAACCUAAUAAUGAAAGAAAAACAAUGCAACUCAACCGGGUCA